UCAACAUUCACCACCAGAACAAACUCAGGACUUCUGCAGAGACGGACCACAGAAAGAACAAAACAGUUGUAACACUGGGAUCAGUGGAGCACUGGAUUUUACUUCAACCAGCUUCUGAAUAUAAAAAGAAAAUUUAGAGGAGCUACGACUCGAAGUGAAAGUAACUUUAUGGAAACUUUCUUGAUGACUUUCUGACUUCUGCUUUUAUUAUUUUGCCUGCUGUGUUUUCAGCUUCACUCAGAGAAUAUAAAUGUCUUCUGAAUCAGAAAAUAAUCUCUCCUGUCCGGUCUGCCAGGACAUCUUUAGAGACCCUGUUGUUCUGUCAUGUAGCCACAGCUUCUGUAAAGACUGUCUGCAGACAUGGUGGAGAGAGAAACCUACACAGGACUGUCCAAUUUGUAAGAGAAGAUCAUCAAGAAGUGAUCCACCUUGUAAUCUGGCAUUAAAGAACCUGUGUGAGGCAUUCUUACUGGAGAGAGAUCAGAGAGCUUCAGCAGGGUCUGAAGCUGUCUGCAGUCUGCACUCUGAGAAACUCAAACUCUUCUGUCUGGACCAUCAGCAGCCAGUUUGUCUCGUCUGCAGAGAUUCAAGAAUGCACAACAACCACAGAUUCAGACCAAUUCAUGAAUUUGCACGGGAUCACAGAGAGGAACUCCAGAAAACACUAAAGCCCUUUAAAGACAAACUUAGGCUCUUUGAACAAGUUAAAGGAAACUGUGAUCAAACAGCAGAACACGUUAAGGUCCAGGCCGAACACACAGAGAGGCAGAUUAAGGAGCAGUUUAAAAAGCUUCACCAGUUUCUACAAGACGAAGAGGAGGCCAGGAUCAUUUCUCUGAGGGAGGAAGAGGUGCAGAAGAGUCAGAAGAUGAAGGAGCAGAUUGAAGCUCUGAGCAGAGAGAUAGCAGCUCUUUCAGCCACAAUCAGAGCCACAGAGGAGGAGCUGAGAGCUGAAGACAUCUCAUUCCUGCAGAACUACAAGGCUGCAAUGAAAAGAGUCCAGCAGCGCCCCCUGCUGGAGGAUCCACAGCUGGGCUCAGGAGCUCUGAUAGACGUGGCCAAACACCUGGGCAACCUGACCUUCAACAUCUGGAACAAGAUGAAGGAGAUGGUCUCCUACACUCCUGUGAUUCUGGAUCCAAACACUGCCAACCCAGAACUCAUCCUGUCUGAAGAUCUGACCAGUGUGAAACGUGGAGAGAGACAGAAGCUUCCGGAAAACCCAGAGAGGAUUGAGAUGCACCACUGUGUCCUGAGCUCUGAAGGCUUCAACUCAGGGACUCACAGCUGGGAUGCUGAGGUUGAAAAUGAUGUUGUUUGGACCCUAGGUGUGUUACAGGAGUCUGUCCGGAGAAAGGGACAAAUACCGUCUGGAUACUGGGAAUUAUGUUUCCUUGAUGGAAAAUACACAGCAAAUUCCCCACCACUUCCACCUAAAGUUCUCCCAGUGAAGAAGCUGCAGAGGAUCAGAGUUCAUCUGGACUUUGAAAAAGGAAAACUGUCAUUUUCUGAUCUUGAUACUAAUACACACAUACACACCUUCAAACACACUUUCACUGAGAGACUGUUUCCAGUUGUUACCACUGGGAACAAACUCCCACUGAAGAUAUUACCACUGACAAUCUCUGUAAAAGUGGAACAGUCUCAGUAACAGGCUCAAUGCCUGUUUUUCAUUAUUAGCUGAGCAUCCUGUAUGUUCUUAUUUCUGGUGAAGUAAGUUUACUCAGAAAUGCUGUUAUGUGACAUAUUAGUGAUACUGUAAAUGUUCUAGGAGUUAAAACAGAAUAUUUUUUAAUGAAUUUUCAAAUUGUUUGAGUUUUUUGUUCAUUGUCCACACGAUUUUGAACACAGGUCAAAUAUCUGAAUGAAUAGAGCAGAACCAUGAUACUGGGACAUUAUGAGCAUUAGUUUAAAUUCUGAUAGUGUUAAAUGAAAAACAAAUGUUACUGAUUUUGUUUUGUAUUGUUUCGCUUUUUCUAAUUUCUCAGAAGAUGUUGAUGAUAAUACUUGUAGAGUAAAAAGCAUGAUUAUGAUAAUGUUCUUCCUUACAGUGGUAAUGAGGUUACAGUAUGUAUGGAUGUAGUAGAGAACUGAUAUUUAAAUUUUUUAAACAAUAUGUUUGUAUUUUAAAUGAACGAUUGUGACAAAUAUAUAUGGUGGGAUAUAAAACAUUUGAAAAAUAAAGAGGAGACACGUUAAUACAUCUGUGAUAAACUAAUAUCGGCCUUUAUUGAUCAAACUAUACUUUUAGUGUAUUUUUAGAGGAACAGGACUUAUUUUAAGGAAUCAAUAUAUAUUCUUUGGUUUAUUUGUGGUUUAGUUGAUGAUGUUUAUUAUGAUUGUUGUUUUAGUUAUUAUUUAGGUUUGCACUGCGUAAGCAGAGAUAUUACUUCUUUAGAUUCAGUCUUAAUUUUGAACUUGUAAGUUACUAUGAAUGUGAAAGCAGAAGAGUUUUGUAAAUGUACUGAUUAUGUUCUGAUUAACUACUUUUCACUAUUAUUCUAAAAGUAAUAAAGAAUUAAAUCAA